UGAUAUACAAGUCAGGGAAAGACAGCAUUUUGAAUAGAAAGCUACUUGGUAACUGAUUAGGCCUAAGUUGUCACUGAACUCGUUGAAGAACUCCAAAGCCUAAGCUAGAAUCAUGCUACGCUCUCCACAGCUUUCUCCACCAACUGCUGUGCAUGGCGCGCCGGCAGUCAUGGGUGAUCAAGAAUUAUUCUCCGAAGUACUCAAGGUACAAAAUAAGAUCUUUUACUUAGACUUGAAGCAAAAUGGUCGAGGGAAAUACAUAAAGAUUGCCGAGAAAGGCAAGUACCGACCCAAGAGCAGUGUGGUGGUACCCCUGUCUGGCUUGCAUAGCUUUAUCCAGCUAUUCGACUUUUACCUGAACUCGGACGGGGCCGGACCCCAGCCCCGAGAUGUGGUGGUGGAGUCCAAGGUCUUCAACUUCAGCUGCGGAGAGAACGACCGCGGGCGCUACCUGCGCAUAUUCGAGAGCGGUGGCGGCUACCCAGCGGGCGGCUCCAGCCUCAUGGUGCCCGCGGGCUGGGCCAACGCCAACAUCCGCGCCUUCCGGGACAGCUUCGAGAAGAUCGCCAACUGGCUCAACCAGAGCGGCAUGCCGAGCACCGAGAUGUCUGCCGGCCUGGCUCUCUCCUCGCAGCCCGACUGCGUCACCCUGGACGUGAGCAAGGAGGGCGGCCCCGUGCUGUCGGUGGGCUCCAAGCACUACUUCUUCGACACGCGCCUCAACGACCGCGGGCGCUACCUGAAGAUCAAGGAGGUGAGCGGCAACAUGAAGACGCUGCUGGUGGUGCCGGCGCAUGCGGUUGGCAAGUUCCAGGAGGCCAUCCAGCUGGCCAUGAUGGCGCAGCCGCGACCCGACCACCCGGCGGAGGUGGGGGGGCAGCAGCAGGCGUGAAGGGAGGGAGGGAGCGAGGAGGAGCAGGGCAGGAAGGAGCGCUGAAGUAGCUGAUGCAUGAGAGUGGGUGAGGGCGGGAGGCUAGGAGGUGGUAGUGUGUUUGUGGUGGCAAGGCCGAUGGUGGGGGUACGUUGCGUUGAUGAGUGAUUAUGUAGAUAGUGAUACUGGCGAUGGCGAUGGUGGUGGUGGCGGUGGUGGUGCGGUUGUGGAGUAAGUGUGUGUGACUCGAGGAAUGUUGCGGGAGGUGAUUGGGGACACACUCAACGACUCGCAGUACUGCUGCCUCGCCGUGUCCAGGCGAACAUGAGCGUACUGUUGGUGUAGAAGGAGAAGAGGUGGCAGCAGCAGCAGCAGUAGUAGUUCACAUGCACACUACACACCGUAUGUAGUUCACAUGCAACUGACAUAAACUGUCGUAUAACGACUGCGAUGCUGUAGCGCGGAUAUUCCACGCGAAACGGGGUCUCAGGAGGGGGGAUUAGAUAAACUGAGCCG